UUUUUAAUUGACUGCAAUAUUGCACUAUUUUUAUGUGUCUGAUCAGGCAUCACGCGUUGUUAUAAAAUGGACUUGAUAAAGGAAAUUAACGAGAAGUAUCAAGCAUUGGAGGCGGAAAUUGAUAAGAAACUGGAAAAGGUUCAAGCCGAGGAACAAAAAUUAGAGCGUCAAAAUGAAAAGCUGGCAGAGAAAUCAACAGCUGCGCAGUCGCCCAAAAUAUUAUCCUAUGAGGAGGCGCUACAAAGGAACGCGAACACCCUAAAGUCAUUGGAAAUAGCAAAGGCACGCCUACGCUCACGAACUACAUAUUCACCAGUGGAACAACUGUUACAGCGUGCACUGGAGAACUAUAAAAACGAAUUGGAGAUCCUUAAUAAGAAACUUCCCACCGAACAGACACAAACUAAAAAGAAACGGGAGCUUUCUGGUCAGGCAACAGCAGAGAAGGAAGACUCGCAGGAGGAGGCAAGGCUAUACGAUCUGAUCAUGCAUAAUGUGCUGGAGGCUAGCAACAAGAGCAACCAGGCAAACGGCGAAAGUCGCCGCAAUUGACAAUUUCUGCACAGUAUUUUUU